AUGCUGAAUUUAAGGGAGAUCAGCAGUCCUAAAUCAUCUAAUCAACCUGAAGUCAAACUGCAUGAAGAAAACAAGCAGGUAUUUAAAAUGUUUUUGGUGAUACUGGAAAAUGGCAUCAUUCGUAUGACUUUGUCAAAACCGGAGGGCACUGUUCUUGGAAUAUCAUAUAAUGGAAUUGAUAACGUGCUUGAAGGUCGCAACAAAUAUAACAACAGAGGGUAUUUUGACGUUGUCUGGAAUAUACCAGGAAAUACAUCGAAACUUUCGGGAAUGCAUGGGACUAGAUUUUCUGUUAUAGAGGCCAGCGAGAAUCAAGUAGAGGUUUCAUUUUCAAGAACGUGGGAUAUGGACGGCUCGAGCCCCCCCUUAAACAUAGACAAAAGAUAUAUUUUACGUAGAGGUACUUCAGGAUUAUACAUAUAUGGUAUAUUUGAGCGUCCUGAAGGUUUUCCUGCUGUCGAGAUUGACCACAUUAGGGUCGUUUUUAAGCUACAAAAGGACAGGUUUCACUAUAUGGCUAUAGCAGAUGAUAGGCAGCGAGUCAUGCCAACGCCAGAAGAUAGAUCCGUAGGGCAACGCCUUGAUUUUGAUGAAGCUGUUCUAAUAACCAAUUCUGAUGACCCAGGGCUUCGAGGAGAGGUGGAUGACAAGUAUCAAUACUCUUGUGAGAAUAAAGAUAACAAACUUCAUGGAUGGAUUAACUUUGACUCCAAGUCCGACAAGUCAGUGGGGUUUUGGAUGAUAACACCAAGUAAUGAGUUCCGUAGUGGUGGGCCAAUCAAGCAAGGUCUCACUUCUCAUGUAGGACCUGCCACCCUCAAUAUACUUCACACUACCCACUACUCCGGGAAGGAGGUAACUAUGGCAUUUCAAGAAGGGGAAACUUUCAAGAAAGUUUAUGGCCCAGUUUUUGUCUAUCUCAACUCGGUUACAAGGGACCAUGAUUCACAAGCUCUCUGGGCUAAUGCUGUACAACAGUUGUCUGAGGAAAUCAAAAGUUGGCCAUAUGAUUUCCCUAAAUCAGAUGCUUUUUUCCCACCCAACAAACGGGGAAGAGUGGAAGGACAGUUACUAGUCCAAGACCGACACAAUAACGGGGGGAGAUCUGUAUAUGGAGAAAAUGCUUAUGUUGGUUUGGCUCUGCCAGGUGAUGUGGGAUCAUGGCAAAGACAAAGCAAGGGUUACCAAUUCUGGACUGAAGCUGACAAAGUGGGUCAUUUCACAAUUGAAAAUGUAGUACCGGGGGACUACAAUUUAUAUGCAUGGGUUCCUGGCGUUUUUGGGAAUUAUAAAUAUAAAACUACUAUAACCAUCACACCAGGAUGUUUUAUCCAAUUGGGUUCAUUAAUAUACAAUCCUCCAAGAAAUGGACCUACCAUAUGGGAAAUUGGCAUCCCAGACCGCUCUGCUGCCGAGUUCUAUGUUCCGGACCCUUAUCCUAACCUCAUGAACCGAUUAUACAUUGGGAAACCAAAAGACAAGUUUAGACAAUAUGGAUUAUGGCAGCGUUACACUGAAUUAUAUCCAACUCAGAACCUUGUUUAUAAUGUUGGUGUUAGUGAUUAUAGUAAAGAUUGGUUUUAUGCUCAAGUUCCGAGGAACAUAGGAAAUAACACAUUUCGCCCAACAACAUGGGAGAUUAGAUUUCAUCUCCCAUCUGUUAUAAGAGGAACCUACACCCUACAACUUGCCUUGGCCUCUGCUACAAGGUCUAACUUACAGGUUCGGUUCAAUAACCCUCUGGCACGUCCUCCACAUUUCUCCACGGGAUUAAUAGGCCAAGACAAUGCUGUAGCAAGACAUGGCAUCCAUGGAUUGUACUGGCCAUAUAGCAUUGAACUAGCAAGCCAUCUAUUGGUAGAAGGAAGCAACACCAUCUAUCUGAGGCAGGCCCAAGCUCUAAGUCCUUUUCAAGGAGUUAUGUAUGAUUACAUCCGUUUGGAAAGACCUCGAACUUGA